AUGAAGGCGUUCUGCUUCUCUUUGGCGUUCCUCUGCCUGGUCCAGACCAUUCUGGCCCUCCCGCGACCAGACUUCGGUAUCAAUGGUGAUGUCGCGAACUCGGACAAAACGGCAGUGGCGGCGGACGGGUUAAAAGCUGAGUUUAUUUUAACCGGACUAAAGGACAUCACACUUACAGCCGGCUACACCAUGCUGGGAACGAUGAGAACUAAGCUGAUCGCCAUCGGAGAUGCCAUUGAAACGAAAGGCACGGCUCUGGCGACCCAGCUCAAGACGCUGUCGUUGGACGAUGUCGGUCCAUACACACCAGCCUUUGGGUUGGUCGAAACCAAGCUUACCGAGCUAGAGACACUAUUUAGAACUGGACUUGCCACAUUAAUAUCGGAACUUAAGACUGCCAUACGAGAGAAUAAUGCAAUUAAGAUUCAGUUCGAUGAUGCUUUUGGUGAUGUGUUAGCAACGAUCGGAACGUUCAGAACCGCACUGGGAACACUGAAAACGGAUGUGGGUAAGGCGCAAAGAGCCGCCGGAACGUCGUCCACUGUCUCGACAACCAUUAUCAAGAAGAACAUCGCUGCCAAAUCGGUGACCGACGUAAUUACUAACACACGCACGCUCCGUGCGAACGUUCAGCUGGUUAACUACAUCAUCAACAGUUCGCUGGAGAACCUGGAUCUGGCCGACGAGUUUAUUGUGGAAAUAACGGGAGAUGCAGAAGAUCAUGUCGGUUUCUAUGCUACCUCAGUAUCGGACUUCCAAGAUUACCUAACAAUUGAAGAGACCGCAACCCUCUCCGCGGAAGUCGAUGACAACGAGCCGGACACAGUAAGCGUUUUGCUUGCCGAAAUCGAUGCAGCGUUAACAGCAGCUACUGGGUACACGUCUUCGACACUCAAAUCUGAGGUGGAAGGUUUAGGUGACGCUUUGUUUAAUGGUUUGGAGGCCGCAAAAACAGCGUUUGGCACGUCCUUAAGCGAGUACAGCGCAAUUGUUCCCGAUUACUUCGAGGAUUUGAACGUUGAUCUGGGCAAUGCCCUUUGCCUCCCAAUCGAGACGGUAUCGGAGGCGCUCGCCGCCAACGCGCCCAACUCGGACUUCUGCUUCAGCAAAUAUUCGCCACGAGUGGUCGCACUGCUCAGUCUCACCAUCAGCGCCUUUGAUAUGUGCUUCCAGCGCGAAGUGGACAAAUUUGUAACGCUGGAAGAGGUCGUCGCUGCUAUCGUCGUUCAGAUCGGAUACAACUUGGAAGAUCUGUACGGCAAUCUGGCUACGUGUCUGCUCUUGGACGAUCCUGACCUAACUUCAUGCUUUACCACUAUUCAACCAUACUAUACUGCGCUCGCGACCCAGGUCACGGAGCACACCACUACCCUGUCGGACCUAGUGGACGCCGAAGCCCAAGCCAGCGAAAAUCGUCUUGGUGCGUGCCUUAUUUCCUCUCUGUACGUGACUAUCUUCCAGGGUAUGGAGAUCAGCGAUGACACUGGCUCUUGCAUGCUCAAUGGCCCCCAGGCAUAA